GAUGAUCGCUGAAACAGUUUAAACAAUUUAUAUCCAUUAAUUAACAAUUUAAAAAAUCAAAAUCGAGGAUUUUCCCUCAUGAAAUCUGGAUAAAAUCGUCGUAUUUAUGUUCUUCAACUCCUGGACCACGUCUUCAUCCAAAAUAAGGCCCAAAUAUCAAUAUUUUGGGUCUUAUCUCCAAUUGAAUAUUCCCGCGAACGACCGGCGCAGCUCAGGGUGGCGUAAAAAAGCCAAAAAAUCAUAAGUUACGGUGAUUCAGUGAUUUUUCAUGUGUCAGAGAUUCGCUGAAUUCCCUGAAGACGUGUUCAGUUCUCCAUUAAAUAAUAACGAUCCCCAGGACCUUCUGGAGGUCCUCCAGCCCUCGGUGAGGUGAUCCACGUCCAGCUCGCAUGCUGAACCCUCGGGAAAUAGCCUCGACAGAGUCUAAGGGCCUUUCCAUGACAUAAAUCGAGGAUAAAAGGACUCACCGAUAGCGAAGGAUCCAAAGGUCCUCGACCUUCAGUUGAUGCCAACGACACCAGCCCCCAGGCGACCCCUCUCCAGGAUGUCCAACCUCCAGAAAUCCAUCUCCAAGUCUCCAAAACUCCACAGACAGCAGUCGAUAACUCCAGCAGAACCAGAAUAUGACACCAACAGUGACUCCAAUUCUGAUGAUUCCACGAACGACAGUUCAGGUUUCACCUCCAGGAGCUCGUACCCCAGGUCCUCCAGGUCCCCUAGAGCCUCCAGCACCACUGAUGGUGACAAAAGAACCCCCAGAACUGCUCCAACUACUCAAAACCAGGUCCAGAGACCCAGAACAUCCCCUCGAAUUUCUGGAAAACAGGUCCCACACCAGAGGAACUACAUCUGCUGGGUCUGUGUGGCUGUCCUGGUGAUGGUGGUCGCCAUUUUGAGGACAAUGGACUCCAACGCGAUGAGUGUGGCCCAUUGGAUGGAGCCUGAGCCUCAGCUGGACAAGGAUCAGGCGAUUUUGGAGGCUCUGGUGGACCUGGGAAGGAAUAUGGACGUCAUCAGGGACAAGUUCAAGGAGCAGUCGCCCCCCAUAUGGCAGGAGCUGGAGGCAGGCAUUGCUGCGGUCAUCAAGGACCCCACGAGGCCAUCAAUAUUUCUACUGUUCUCCAAUGACGAGAAUCCCAUGUUCUGUCUUGCUAAAAUGAUCGGAAAUGCGAGUAAAACAGCUCUGAGAGCUGACGAGAACCUGCUGGUGUCCCCUGAGGACUUGGGGAACGACUAUGGAAGGGCGUUGGUGGAGUUGACGGAGAGAAUAGCGAGGCAGAAGGUCGUGAUCGUGGAGCAUCUUCUGGACAUCCACCCAGAAGCUCUGAAGGCCUUCCACAACCUCUGCGAUCGUGAGAAUCCCUCUGUGAAGGAGGCCAUCUACAUCCUGACGAUGAUUGUCGAUGGGUACAAUAACGAGUCGUGGCUGGACUUCGUCGAGAGCCAGUUGACGUUGAAGUUAGAAGGGAAUAUGGACGACGCGAAGGUCCAGCCCUUGAUCACGAGACUGACUGAUGGUACCAUCAUUCAUGUCCAGCCAGAACCUGGAGUCAAGAGCUGUCCCCUUCGAUACUGAUGAUCCUAACUCAUGAAUAAUCAUAAAUAAUCACAAUCAAUCAAUGAUUUCGUAUAAAAUACCUGUUAAUUAUGUUUCUAGGGUAUUAAUUAAGUGUCAAUCUAUUUUUUACGACAUCGAGAUUAAUUAUUUUGCCAUAAAUCAGCUAAAUGUUGACCCAUUGGAGAUGAUUGGUGUGAAGAAAAGAAUAGAAUUUAUGUAAUAAUUUAGAAAAUAAAUAAAUAAAAAAUGUUUGAUACGAUUCUGACUAAUUAUUCAUCAAUUUCUUUGUUGUUAACCUGUUGCCAGUGUUUAUUGCUUUUGCCAGGACUCACCAGACCCACGAAAUUAGUGUAAUUAAUGAUGUCCUGGAGGUUAUCUCCAGAUGAAAAAUGGAUUCAACGAUUUUACGGUAGGUCCCUGUGCCAAUUAACUGCAAUUAAUUACUGUCUGAUGAGCCAGACACCUUUUUAACGAAUAUUUCAUCCUCAUAAUGAUGAAGCAACAAAGGAAGAGGGAGAACAAAGAAGACAACAAGUUUUCUUAUGCCUCCAAUGAUAUAUUUCUCAUCAAAACAGAGAGUUCAAUAUUGACUUAAGAUUUACGUAUUAUUGUUUUUGUUUGUUCGUUUUAUUGUUAAAAUAAAUCUGUCGUUAUCUAAUAAGUCAUCAGUCCACGUUUAUUCCUUUGUUACCGUUCACCGAAUGGCGUCCCCCAGUUGGACGCCAUUUAACCCCUGAAAAUGGAGCUAAAAUGUGUGAAUGCAGACCGAGAAAUGGUGAUUAGUGUAAGGUGAUUAGUGUAGUGUCCAAUUAGAAGUGAUUAGUGAAGUUAAAUAAAUGAAAACCAAAGAUUUACACCUUUUAAACAAAUUGUUCUUGUCGAAUUCCUGUGAUUCAGUGUGAUUCAGUGUGUGGUAGUGCUCAGUGGGAUUUUCAUUACUUACCAGGACAACUAAUUAAUGCAGAAAGUAAUCCUCAAGGUAAUCAGCAUGGAAAGACAAUUACAAAUCAGUAUUCCGUAUUUACAGUAAAAAAUUCAUCGAUUGGUCGGUCUUACUUAUUCCAAAUGUUAUUUAUUUCGUGUUAGGUCAUUGUUGUCAGUCCCACCCUAUUAUUUAUCCCCAGGAAUUAUUAAUUAUUCCACAACCCAUGAAAUUCAGUGGAGAAGUGGUAAACAAACAAAAAAAUAAUGUUGACAAGACAUUCUUUAAGACCAUCAACUUUCUGGCAAAACAAUUACAUAAAUAUUUAUUAAACAAAUCACUGGGUAAUGACUAAACGUUAAAUUUCCCAAUAAAAAACCUUUUUCAUCUCCAAAUGGUCAAUUACAACAAACCAGUACGUGCUAAUAUUGUUUAUGAUGCACAAACCAUGACAAUAAAUAAAAAAAAAAUGUGAAAAAACCAAAGAAAACGAUCAAUAUUAAUAAACAACAAUUUACCACGUCUCACUGAACAAAGAAAUCAUCUCUUAACCCACAAAAUCAGUCAGUGACGUCUCUCAUCGUCUGUAAUAAUCCGUCGACUCUCGUUAAUUUCAUUUUACAUCCUACUUAAGCACUAAACGUUAAACUUUGUCAUUAACUCCUUAAUUACCCCCUCUACAACCUAAAACAGGUGAAACAUGAAAAAAUAUAAAAGAAAAAUCAAUAAAAUAACCAAAACUGUAAUCGUAAUCUGACGUAUUGUAUUAAGAUCUAGAUAAUCCUCAUUAAUGUGGAACCUAUACAAUAACAUUUUGGCUGAUAAGGAAGAAGAGA